AAGUCGUGUGUAGUUUCAAGCGUUCCCACUUUGGUGGGCGAGAAAUGUAAAAUCAAAACAAAAUUGGCAAGGAAAAAAAGACAUACCACUCAGGGGUCACUUUAUUUAAUUUCAUGUCAUGCAUGUAUACAUGUAUUGUUGAUCUAAAAGAAAAAACAGAAAGAAAACAAGGAAAUUUGAUUAUUGGGAGAAGAAAAAGUAACGAAAAUGAUGAUCGUUCAGUUGUUGUGGUGGUGGUUGCUAUUGCCGCUAUGCGUAAGGGCACAAACAUCAUCAGGAGCAGCAGCAGAAACAACAGUGGUGAUGCAUGGCUGCCCUGAGAAGUGCGGCAACAUCAGCGUUCCCUACCCUUUCGGCAUAAAUGGAGCAGACCCCCGAUGUUCCAUGAACGACAACUUCACUCUAAACUGCGACAACUCAGAAUCCAAAUCCUCUCCCAAGCUCAUGCUUGGUGACUUUCAGAUUCUGAAUAUAUCAGUGGAGGAAAGCACGGUUACGGUCUUGACAACAAUGGUGUACUAUUGUUACAACGUGUCGUUGGAUGGAUUCAACUUUCUCACUACUCGGAUGAACUUGACGGGAACCCCAUACACAUUCUCUGCUACACAAAACAGAUUCACUGCGAUUGGUUGCGACACCGAGGCAUACAUGCGGGACUCAGAUGGCACACGCUUUGGAAGCGGGUGUAUCUCCUUGUGCUACCAUGAGGUGAACCUGACCCAGGAGGGUUCUUGUUCAGGGUUUGGAUGCUGCCAUACGCAAAUCCCUAAGGGUGUUAAGACCUUAAAUAUUAGUAUUAGUGCGGUGAACAAUUACAUUUACGCGAGGAACUUCAGUCCCUGCAGCUAUGCAUUCUUAGCAAGGGAAGGCUGGUUUGAAUUCUCAACCAUAGAUCUCUCGGAUCUUACUAACGUCGACCGAGAGGCGCCGGCAAUACUCAACUGGGUUGUAGGAGAGCAAACAUGUGAAUCCACUGAUCUAUCUUGUGGACCUAACACUAAUUGUGUCAACUCUGACGAUGGCCCUGGAUAUCGUUGCGUAUGCAAGCUUGGAUUCCGCGGCAACCCCUACCUUUCUGGAUCCAACGGAUGCCAAGACAUAGAUGAAUGCUUGGAUGAAAAAAUGUAUCCUUGCAAAGGGACGUGUAAGAAUACCCAAGGAAAUUACACUUGUCACUGCCCACUUGGCAUGUCUGGUGAUGGCAAAGUCGCUUGCCAAGGAUUUCGUGUUACUACUCUCGUUGCAGUUUGUGGGAUGGUCAUAUUCCUCGCCUUUGUAAUUAUUGUGACUUGGGGAGGGUGCAAGAGAAGAAACAAACAUAGAAAUUUCCAACAAAAUGGAGGUUCCUUGUUAAAGCAUCAAAAAAUUAGGAUCUUCAAUGAAAAGGAGCUUGAGAAGGCAACCGAAAAGUACGAUAAGGGUCGACUUCUUGGCCAAGGAGGCUCUGGUGCAGUAUACAAAGGAGUUUUAGCAGACAAGUCAGUUGUGGCAAUAAAGAAGCCUAAUGAAUUCAAACACUUGCAAAGAGAGAUCAUAAUAAUAAAGGAAGAAUUUCAACAUGAAAUUAGUGUUGUCUCUCAGGUCAACCAUAAGAAUGUGGUGAAGCUUUUAGGCUUGUGUCUAGAGACAAAACUCCCAUUACUCAUUUACGAGUUCAUCUCCAAUGGAUCACUCUUCGAUCACCUCCAUGUCAAGCGCUCCGCGAUGCUAAAAUCAUGGGCAAAUCGUCUGAGAAUUGCUGCCGAGACAUCACUAGCGCUCGAUUAUCUUCACUCACUUGCUGACCCACCAAUCAUCCAUAGAGAUGUCAAGUCCACCAACAUACUUCUUGAUGAAAAAUUCACUGCAAAAGUUUCUGAUUUCGGAGCUUCUGUGUCGAUUCCAUUGGGUGAAAGUGCUGUUGUGACUAAAGUACAAGGAACUCGUGGGUACUUGGACCCCGAGUACCUCGAUACGGGUACUUUGACAGUAAAGAGCGAUGUUUACAGCUUCGGGGUUGUUCUUAUGGAGCUCUUAACAGGACAGAAGCCAAUUCGUCCUCAAAAUUCCGACGAAAAUGGGAACAUCAUUCAGUAUUUCAUUUCCUCGGUGGAACAGAAAAGAUUCUCGCAGGUUUUGAUGAACUUUGAGGAUGUUGAAGCGAGGGAAACUGAGCAAAUUGAAGCGGUGGCAGAACUUGCCAUGAAAUGUCUCCAGAGGUACGGCACUGAACGGCCUACAAUGAAGGAGGUGGCUGAGCAACUCGUUGGAUUGAAGAAAUUGUAUGAGAUCUUUCAUGCUCAGGAAGACAAUGAUGAUGAAGAGAGGGAGGGCUUGUUAGGUCACUCGAUCAACACAAAUGAUGAAGUGUUUCAUUCAAUGUCGGAAAAUUAUUACAUGACUGCACUUAAUAUUGGAUUUUCGUGAAACAGCACAUGCUUGAAAGCGAGGUCGUUUGGUGGUAGCUCUACGAGUUUGUGCUUUAUCAAUAUAUUUCUUCUGUUGUUGAAUACUUUUAUCUUUAAAGUCUGCGCUAUAUACGUUCUAGGGUGUUAAUUAUUGUCCAGUACUUUUUUAUUUUUUUAUUUGAGUCUUUUUCUCGUGCUCUCUGUGGGACUCAGGUGUUGCACUUGAUAGGUUUUGGUGUAUAUACCAAUCUAGUUAUAAUAUGUUUUUUAAUUCUUGA